AGAUAUAUUAUGUUGGAAUAAUUUGUUAUUUUAUUCAGAUCUAUAACAAAUAUAUCACAUUCAACUACCAAACAAUCAAGUCUGAUCAGGAAGAGUGUAUUAACAGAAAAAUCAGGUUCCUCAAAUAGGUGUGUAUCAAGGAAUAUUGGAUCCACUCACAACAAGUAUGAUACAAUCAACAAAUCACCUGAAAACAUGUUGAAGAGUGGAUUCACACCAGCAAUGGAAGUUUCUCGCAGUUCCUCAAUACAUUCCCGUUGUUCUGACUUUCUACCCCAUUCACAUAACAUUGAUAUUCUUGCUUCUCAGAAAAACAUAUGUAACCAACGUAAAGCAUGCACUAUAAAUCCUAUAUCUGCAGAGGAAACAAGUACAGUUAAACAUUUAGAAUUGUAUUAUGAAAAUACUGUACAUGAAUCAAUAUUAACACAUUUAACAUUUUCUUCCUCAGAAACAUCAUUAGACAGCAACAAUGAGUUUUCUGCACUGCGUAGCCCAGAUGAAUUAUAUAGUGACAAAGAAACAGUGUCUUCAGUAGAAUUUUCACAAACAUUAAAACAGAAAGAAGUUUUACCUGUCACAAAUUUAAAAAUAGUAUCACCUAAUAGAGAAAUAGUUUCACCGACCCAAUGUAAAAAUCGUAACACAUUAUCUUCAUCAUUGCUUGUUGACUCUCCUUCAAAGAUAGCGAACUCUGCAGCAUUGUCUGUACACUCUUCCUUAUCAAAUAUACCGACAAAAUUAGCAAAGAAAGUUAAACGCAAAUCCACAGCAGAUGAUGAAAUAGAUGAUUCUCUUGUAAAAUUAACUUCAGCGGUAACAACUUAUUUCGAAAAAAAGAACCAAAAUACAAUACCUUCUGAAGUCUUACAAUUAGAUGAAGAAGACAUUUUUGGUAAAACUGUUGCAUGCCAAUUGAAAAAAAUCGCAGAACCUGAAAAAACUAAAAUGAAAGGGCAGAUAAUGAAAAUAUUAUAUAAUUUGUAAUAC